CUACGGGAUACACUUGCGUCGGAAGACACUUUCGCCGUCACUCUCAUACGCUUUGCUGCCGUCAACAGCAAGGCCCCCUCAAGACCCGUGUCUUACUUUCUCCUGGUAUUGGCCUUCCCAUCACAGGCGUCUGCUUGCUUCUCAACUCUCGGCAUCCUCCUUCUGUCCCUCCUCUUUUCGUCAAAAACCCGCCUUACCUGCCGCAUGGAUCGUUCAAGUCGGAAUCAAUUUGGUGGCAACACAUAUUGUUGCCUAUACUGGCAGAGAGUGCCCAGUAGCUCAAGUAUGCCGGAUGUGAGUCGCCUUCCAAGUUCCGUUUCUCUCAACAGUCCUAGAUUGAAUGCCGCUAAACUGGGCAUGCUGCAGAGACUCCUACUUCGUCAACGCCCACCGAGAAGAUUCCAAUCCACAAGUCCAUCGCUUGAAUCUAUCUGAGCCUCGCAUUCACAACCAUCAAAACUCCCGGAGAACAUGCCUCCCAACCGAGUCAGAGUUGUGAAGGGCUCAUGUUGGUCCUGCAAAAAGCGACGCAUUAAAUGCAGUCUCUCUAAGCCAACUUGCCGCCAAUGCGCUGCCUCCGGCACCAAGUGCGAUUACAAUAGCCGACUUAUCAGAUGGAGCACAAGGCCAACUCCUCAUGUUCCUCCAGCCUACUGCAUCCCACGGAACGACUUGCACUUGACCGUUUAUCUUGAAGUGUGCGAGCGGCGCGCUCUUGACUAUUUCCACCUUCGCGUCUGGCCACUUCUCUCCACGGCUGAGGAACCGUGUGCUCCUCCAAGUUCGGUGGCUCUGGAGCACCGCGUCGUUUUGCUCGCUGCUUGUUUGCUGUCUGACUCUCACAGGCUCCUACAAGACGGUACGCAUGACCACGAUUCCCUCGGCAAGAAGCGGCUGGAGUGCCUGGCUGCCGUUCGAACCGAGAUAGACCGCUGCUGCGUUGAGCCUAAGAGGGAUGGACCCACGAUCGGGCUCUUAUUUGCCGUCAUCCUCUUGUACUUUGAUGACGGAUAUAUGGGUUGCAUCCUCAAGUCAGCCUCGACCUCUAGUCAUUACAAUGGCAUCCUAGCUAUCCUCGAGCAUCUAGGUGGCAUCGAGGCCGUAGUGUCGACAGCCCCCGAGCCGCUGCAUAUGCUGCUCUCAGAGUUCGCGACGACGGAUCUCACAACAUCCAUGAUCCAGGGUAAGCCUCCGGCAUUCCCUCCUGACGUGUGGCACCGGCUCGAUAAGGGCCCUGUUUGGUGGGGUCGUGACCCGUUGGGUAGGUGCUCCCUCGCGUCUGUCUUUCGCGAAAUCGCCAAGAUGGGCCUGUACCUACAAGCGACGACAAGCAUGGCCGAGGAUCUGUCUAUCGAGCGCAUCCGCGAAUUCGAAGCGUCCCUUCGUCCAGUCUAUGCGCCACUGACUGUCGCCGAUGCUGACGGCCGGAGCCCCUCCGAAGUAUCCGACUGCUCUACGUCUGCGACAGAAGCCGAGGCUGUACAUGCGUUCACCCUUGUCCGCAUCUUCCAACACACCGCCUUGCUGUACCUGUAUAGAGCCAUUUGUGGCCUUCCGACCCGUCACCCGCUUGUGCAGCAGCAUGUCAAAUCCUGCCUCGCUUGCAUAUUUGAGAUCCCUCGGGAGGCAAACAACCUCAACUGCAUCGUUUUCCCGCUGUUCAUCGCCGGAGCCCACGUUUCAUCGGCUGAAGAGCAAAAGGCCGUUCUUGACAUGGCUGACGUGAUAUACGAUGAUAUGCGAUUUGCCUCUAUUGACGCGGUCAAAUCUUUUUUCAAGACCAUUUGGCCGUCCAAAUCUGGAGAGAAGACCUGGCUUGAAAUAUUCAGCCAUCUCAGCCCACACGUCCUAGUGCUGUGA